AUGACGGGCGCCGUUGGAGUUUCCACUGACCAUGGUCGUGCCGAUGUCCGCCGCCCGGAGCCCAUCGUUGGCACGCACCCGCAACAGGUGGUCGAUCACCGCGUCCUGGCCCGACUUGCACGUGCCGACCGGAUGCAGCAAAUGACGCUGAACGUGAAGUGCAAUCGGAGCACUCGGUCCCAAUCGUACUCGUCGCCGAUAAGCUCUGCCUUGUCACACCUCGGCAAGGGCAUUAGCCACGGCCUUGCGCAUUGCACUAUUGAGGGGUUGGACACAUUAAACGUACACGGAGUUCCAGUGUGCGAAAUAUAG